CUGCUACUGCUUUAGUUUCGUGUGAAAAAUGUUAUCCGCUAUUCGGCGUCGCCGCUGCGGCCACUAAUUUCACCCGAAAAACAAAACGCCUAUGUAUUUAAGUGGGGUUGAACAGCUAUAAAGACUUGGAAAGGUUGUCUAAGCCAUGAUCUGAGGUGUUGAAGUCCGCAUUUUCUCUGUGGAUGUAGACCUGCCCUCCCACAUGCUGCACUCACACACGUCAAUCAUGUCUCAGUCUGAAUCCUGUUUGACUGUGUUCGACUGGUUAUGUGUGCUUCGUUUGGAGCAAUAUUCUGAAGCAUUUCGGAACGCCGGGCUGGCAACGUUUCGACAAUGUCGCAACCUCACGCCAGAUCAGCUGGAGCGGAUGGGCAUCACCCUGCCGGGCCACCAGAGACGCAUCCUGGCCAGCCUGAACAAAACACAUGGUAACAGUGACGGACAAUCUCACACACACUCUCACCUUGCACAAUCUGAGAGAGAUCAGAGAUUGGAGGAAACAGGACAUGCCAAAGUGUUGCAGAGAGAGAGACCUGUGCCGAUCCCAGUGGAAGAAAAACCUGUGCUUAAGGAACGAGAGAAAAGCGAUGGAGAGACAGUGAGACCUACACCAAGGGAAAGAGAGAAACCAGUCCCCAGGGAGAGACAAGUGCCUAAGAUAAAAGAGGAAAGUGGAGAGGGAGGAGAGAAGAAGCCAGUUCCUGGACAAAGGCAUACAGCACCUCGAGGAGGAAAAGAGGAAGAGGGGGAUGGAGGAAUAGAUGGAGAGAGGGAGAGGCCUGUGCCUAAAGAAAGGACUAAGUUUCGCUGUAGUGCUCCAGUGGAUUCUGACCCAAGCCCCCUUGGCUCUUCACCUCCUGACACCUCUUUACCCCCUGUCCCUCCAAGAAGCACCCCCAACUGCCCUCCACAGCGCUUCACCUCUCCCCUGAGCCCCUCACCUCCUGCUCGAACCCCUGUCUCCCCCAGAUUGGACAGACAUGUGGUUAAAGCCCCAGCUGUACAGAGCAGGUCUGUGCCCCAGAGUCCCACCUCCACCACCACCACCACUCCUACAUACACGCCCACACAUGCACCUCCUCACCCUCCCAAAUUCCCCUCGGCCCAAACUUGGCCUCAGACAUUAGCCAUUCCGCCACCUGCCCAACACCUGGGUAAGGAUGGAGGGAAAGGAACCUCACCUGUGUCCCCCACUGCUUCCUACAGCGAUGACAUAAAUGCUCCACCUCUUCCUCCAAAAGGGGGUGUAGUGAAAGGCCCUCCACCAAUCCCACAGCGGAUCUCUUCACAGUCUCCCAGAACUCUCAGCCCCUCGCCCACCAAGACCACUGUUGAUGAGAUGCAGAAAGACCAAACUCCACAGGUCCCACCUCGAACCAGGACACCCCAAACUGUUGAAGACACACAUCAGUCAACUCAACCUGACACUCAGCCGGCUCUGCCUGCCAGGAGAGUCCCCCAACCUCCCCGUGAGUCCCGGUUGGAUUCACUCGAUGACAACUCUGAUGACUACGAGGAUCCAGACUUGUUUUACCCCAGUGCUCAUUCAGUGAGCGCACCAGACAGGGAUAUGUCCCUGCAAGUGCCCAUCCGGCCAAAGAGACGGUGCAAUUCUUUGUGCAGCGAUGAUGAGCUGUUGGAUGAUGACGAUCAUAGCCUAUGGCACGAUGAAGGCACUGACAGUGUUUAUCUGGCUCAAGCCACGAAGGACACCAGCCCUCAGCUUACUGCUGUCAUCAAGAUGGGCUGGCUGGACAAGAAUCCACCUCAGGGGGCCCUUUAUUAUCAGAGACGAUGGGUCAAGCUGGAUGUUGACUACCUGAGAUACUUUAACAAUGAAAAGGAGGUGUAUUCUAAGGGGAUCAUUUCCACUGGCUUCAUCACUAAUGUGACCAGCGUGGGAGAGCUGAAGUUUGAGGUCGUCACAAACAACCGAACAUUCAUCUUCAGGGCUGAAAGUGAAGCGGAGAGGAACAACUGGGUGGAUGUGCUGCAGGACUGCACCAGGGGGCGCCAUCGACGCAGCACCAUGAACCCUGGCUCACCUAUGACCCCCGACCAUCAGGGCUAUUUGGAGCUCAGAGGGUUACGCUCCAAACUUUAUACUGUUGUUGCCUCAGAUAAAGUCUUCCUCUACAAAAACAUGGAGGACUAUCGUAUAGGAGUGGGCAUCACAUCCAUUGAGAUGAACGUAGGAAAUAUUAAAGAGACAGAUCGUCGUGGCUUUGAUCUCACCACACCUUACCGCAUAUUCAGUUUCAUGGCAGAGUCAGAGCAGCUGCGAGAGCAGUGGGUGGACGCCAUGCGGGAUGCGAUAGGUGAGGCGUUGUCGAAUAGAGAGGUGGCAGAGCGGAUCUGGGCGGAGCCUAGCAACAGUUUCUGUGCCGACUGUGAAGCUCCCAAGCCGGAAUGGGCUGCCAUCAACUUGUGCGUGGUGGUCUGCAAACGAUGCGCAGGAGAGCACAGAGGGCUGGGUCCGAGCAUCUCAAAGGUUCGUAGUCUGAAGAUGGACAGGAAAGUCUGGACAGAGGAGCUCAUACAGGUGUUCAUUGUGCUGGGCAACAAACGGGUAAACAGUUUCUGGGCAGCUAAUGUCCCACCGAGUGAAGCUUUGACACCCUCGAGCUGCAGCGAAGAGAGACGGCGCUUCAUCACCAACAAAUACCGGCAGGGCAAGUACAGGAAGUACCACCCUCUUUACGGAAACCAGAAGGAGCUCAACAAUGCUCUUUGUAUAAAUGUACAGUGCAGCGAUGUGUUGGAGACGCUAAGCCUGAUUUUCUGCGGUGCAGAUGUAAAUUGUUCAACUGGUAUGGCAAGUUGGCCCUCUGUUCUGUCACUGGCCAACGCACACUCUCAACCCUUACAGGCUGAGUUACUCAGCCACAAUCUCAACACAGAGCUACCACGGUCAGAGGUGGGAGGAGAUAUGGAGGCGAUACAUUACACACCACCAUCUUGCGUGUCUCACAACGGCUUCCUGUUCAAGACUGCAUCCAUGGCUCGAGCUAUCACGGAGCGCAAAGCCAGAGAGGAGUUCAGUCGUCGCUGGUGCACGCUGAAUGAUGGCACCUUCAGCUACUAUGAGAGUGACAAGAACUCGAAUCCUAAUGGAGCUCUGAAGGCUCCAGAGAUAGUCUGUCUGGCUGUGGAUGCACCUGAGAGACAUGGGUACGACCACACCUUUGAACUCUACUCCGAGUCAGAGCGUCUCUAUCUGUUCGGCACUGAUGACCCAGACAGCCACAAGGAAUGGGUCAAGUCUAUUGCCAAGAGCUUUAUCCCGGCCUCUGCGGAGCCCCUGCUGAGGUUGGCUUUUGAGCGGAUCGGGCGGCUGAAGUGUAAAGACGGCUUGAACCUACAAACAUCCAAGGUUGGCUGGUUUGCCCUGGUGGGCUCCACACUUCACGCCUACCUGGAGGACAGCCAGGGAGAAGAGAUCCACCUCCGGAAGCUGAAUGAACUCUCAAUUCAACAAGAGAAUGAGGUGCUGGUCCUGGUGGAGAGAGGCAGAACUCUGUACAUAGAGGGAGAGAGGAAGUUGGAUUUUGUCGGCUGGUGCGGGGCCAUCCAGGCGGCAGCGGGGAGUGGAGGAGACACACUGAGCCAGCAGCAGCUGACAGAGACAGACAUACCUAUCAUAGUGCACAGCUGCAUCGGCUACAUCACACAGUGUGGCUUGACCUCUGAGGGAAUAUAUCGUAAGAGUGGCGUGAACUCCCGUGUGGCAGCGCUUUUGGAGAGAUUCCGCCGUGACGCUCGCAGUCUUCGCCUGAAGGAAGGAGAGCACCAGGUAGACGACGUCUCCAACACACUCAAGCGCUUCUUCAGGGAGUUGGAAGAGGGACUGUUCACGUCGCAGGAUGCCAGCACCUGGCUCAGUACCACUGCCAUUCAGGAUGAAAGCAAGAAAAUCUCCCAGUACCAGCUGCUGUUUAACAGACUGCCUCGUGUCAACAAGGCUACACUACAAGCCCUUAUCAACCAUCUUUACUGCGUGCAGCGUUUUUCUGAGCUGAACCAGAUGAACCUCCAUAACCUGGCCAUAGUGUUCGGUCCCACACUGUUCCAGGCCGAUGGGAAGGACUUCACCGCUGGCCGCGCUAUAGAGGACCUCAUACAGCACUACACACUCAUCUUUGAGGUGGAUGAGCAGCAGCUCAAGAAGCAACUGGAAGAGAUCACUGUUAUCAUCCAAGUGCGAGAGAAACUCAACACAAAGUUUCCUAGUACUGAACCUGGAGGACACUUCAUCUGUACAGUGUACCUGGAGGAAAAGAAGGACACAGCAGAGCAACAUGUCAAGAUCCCUGGCUCUAUGACAGCAGCAGAGCUGACCUGUGAGGUCCUGGACCGGCGUAACAUCGCAGUUAAAGACAAAGAGUACUGGAAUUGCUGGGAGGUCAGCGACAAGGAGGAAAUGGAACGUCCACUGCACUAUCAGGAGCGAGUCUUACCCAUCCUCCACUCCUUUGGCACAGACUCCCAUCUGCUCAUCAAGAAACACCUCGCCAUGGAGGCGAUGAUGGUUUACCUGGCCAGUAAAGUGGAUGUAUCCAAACACGGGAUGAUGAAAUUCAGAGAAGAGCGAAGCAUCUUGGGAUUGGGACUGUCCUCUGGAAGUUUCCACGACCGAUAUUUCAUCCUCAACUCCAGCUCUCUGAGAAUGUACAAGGAAGUCAGAAGUAACCGUCCGGAACGUGACUGGCAAGUGAAAAACCUAAAGGUCUACCUGGGCAUUAAGAAGAAAGUCCGCCCUCCUACAUGUUGGGGCCUGACAGUCGUGUAUGAGAGUAAGAAACAAGAGAAGCCAGAGAGGCAGCAGUGGUAUCUCUGCUGUGACACCCAGUCAGAAAUGAGGGAGUGGUAUGCUACUUUUCUCAGUAUCCAGUACGAUGGCAACGUGUGGCCUCAGGACGGACUCCAGCAGACACGAGUGAGCCGUGCGUUGCCGGAUACACGUCAUGGUAAUGUGUCUCUGAUACCGCUGCGUGGCAGUGAGAAUGAGAUGCGGAACAGCGUGGCCGCUUUCAGCCAAGACCCGCUUGCUCUCUUUAGAGAUGUUCGAUAAUGGUCGCUGCAAGAAAGGGCGAAUGGUCGACCUCAGAUGAUCUCUGAACAUUCCAGUGGCAUCAUUAUUCUGCGACUGUAAGGACCAGAAUGACAGACACUCAGAAAGCCCAGACACUCAUACUGUAUGUGGAUUACACUGCCAUCUGCUCCUUUAAAUAUGAACUGGACCAAAAGUACACGGACAAACAGGAUCACAUGUAUAAUAUAACCAACACUGGCCUCCCUGCACAAAUGAAUCUUACUUGAUGUACAGUCGAAGCAGCUGGGAGCUGUGGCAUUCAAAAACAAAGGAGUGAUAGUUUGAUGGACUACAAUCACUCGCCUCCAACUUGACGAGCGCCAAGAUCAGUGGCAUGUGACUCAAUCACUGCAUUGCAUUAUGGGACGGAAGCAUGAAAGACAUGCUGAGAGAAACCUUCAUUUCCUUUAACGUAUUUCAGAAAAGACUUAGUGGUGUUACUCGAGGCACAAGCAUGGAGUGCUUAGCAUUUUUUUUAAAUAGAAGAUUAAAGUUUAUUGACUUGCAGUCGUAGCUGAAUCUGAUUUAUAAUUUUGUGAUGCUUUCAGCUGUCUUGCUGUACUAUUGCUCAGAGAACCGUCGGGAUGAUCCUGCCAUUCAAAAUUAAAUAAUUGCCAUUGUAAGCAAAGCUGAUGUCAUAGGAGACGGUGACCUGAUUCUGCCCAGAGUUUGCUCCACAGGGACCGAGACCGGGACUGAGAGGAAGAGCUGAGGGAUGGCUUGUGAUGGAUCUGUGUCUGUUAUGCCGCAGGACCUUUGCCUGUACUGUACUGUGCAAAACUGUAUGUCCAUUUGUCUGCAUUUGUGCACCAGUGUGUAUACGGUAUGUGUGGAUAUGUGUAAGUGUGUUUGGGGAGUGAAGGAACGAGAGCUGUGAGAAGCACUUGAUUUACUCUUGUCCCUUAUUAGAAUCAUAUAAACUCAGUGCACCCUCACUGAGUCACAUUACAAACCAUGUCAGUUUAUACAAAACAAAGUCUUGUCUUGUCUGUCCCCCUUCUUGUCCUCACACAGUCCUCACACUGCCUCCUCUCUGUAGAUAGGUUUCUAAACCCUGUGAUGCUUAGAUGUACAGUAUAUACCUGGGCAGUUUUGUCAUUAACCAGCAGUAUUUAUGAAGUUUUAGAUUAUGCAUUAGUCACAUUGUCUUUUUUGUUAUGCACAACUAUCUUUGCAGCGGUAUAUUAUUAUAGUUUGUUGGUCAGCACAGGGCACAGAGGUGCUUCGAUACAUCUGUCAGCACAAUUAGAAACUGUAAGUGCACUGUAAUCUAUCAUCCUUUCCACUAGGGUCCACACUUGUAUAUAUUUUGUCGAAAGGGGAGCCAUGAAACAAUCUGUAUUAACUGUAUUAACCUGUCAGCAGCUGCCUUACAAGCUCUUCACCACCUGUAGGUUUCCCCUGUUUUAAAGACUUCUUAUUUAUUUGGACAGCAGAGGACGCUAGAUGCUGUGCUGUAGAGAGCUCCGCCUCUGCUGGUGAGACACCAUGACGUUCAGCUAAAUGUUUGUUUUUAACACAUUUAGGCACAGUUUGUGUGAAAAAUGUGUAUAUGCAGUGUGUGUGUGUGUGUGUGUGUGUGUGUGUAUGUGUGUGUGUGUUAUUAGGUGCCCUCCAGCACAGACCUCAGCAGGAGUCGAGAGAAGAUUCCACUCUGUGUAGUAACGUGAUUACACUCUGUAGAAAGUAUUUACCACCUCCAUGUGCUAAAUAUUUUAUUGUUUUCAACAUUGAAUCACAAGGGAUGGCUUUUUUUGAGAAGUUAGGUACAAAUAUUAACCACAAAAUAAUUGUUUGCAUGCAAGUUUUCAGCCCUGUUGAAUAAUGUGUGAUAUGAAGCUUAUGACAAUCAUAGCAUUAACUAUGAUGGUCUAAAACCUCAUCAGACAGUACAAUCUUACGCCACUUUGUUUCACAGCCUCUGGCAAACAUUUUUUAAGUCUGUGCCCUUUUUACACACUCAGCUGUUCUAGGCAGAUUUCCAAUUGUGUCACUGUCUUUACUUUUUUUCAUGGUGGAGCUCGCGGCGCUUUCAAGGGUAAUUUAGACCUUUCUUUACUCUUCACAUACUUAGCUGCAGCCACGGUGGGUGAAUACUUAAUCAGUUAUUUCCUGUUUCAUAUCUUAAACUACUCUGGAUACAUUUAUAGAGGUCAGUAGAGAUAUUUUUGUCAAUCACUGUCCAAACCUCUGUAGCACAACAGUGAUUCAAUGUAGUAAAACAAUAAAGUAUGAAGGUGGUAAAUACUUUUUAUAAGCAGCGUAUAUUCUCUCUCUGCCUCUUUCCUUAUUCUGUUACUCUGCGUUUUACUGAUUUUGAUUCCCUGAAACUCUAAUAAACACAUUCAGCUAGU